UCCGUUUGAAAUUGCACCAGUCGUUGAACUGCCAGUGGGUGUACUAGCCCACUGGGCGCCCCAGUGUCGUGCUUAUUCAGACAUGAUGGAAGAAAUCAAUCUGCAAGCUCCAACCAACUCAGCAGCGUCAAUCGAGCAAGCUAACGUCCAACCGAAGAGGAACAGAAUUAGGACCAUGGCCUCACGUUUGCAAAAAUGCAUUACAAAAAAAUCACGGGGACGUCAGGACUUGGAAGCAUUGAGAAACGACUUGAACAAAUUACAACAAUCGACAAAAGUAGAAAAGUACGAAGAAUUCGAACUACAAGAGAUGAGUUCAUCCCCUAAAAUCAGCGCACCAGUCGAAAUUCCAAAACCAGCACCGAAUACCGACGUUUUAAUCCAUCCUGGCUCUGGAAAACCUAUUUCAUCACCCAUUGGCAUACCAAAUGCAAUAGUUGAGUAUGAGUUCGACAUGAUGACCCCGACUGAAUUUCACACGGAUGGCGAAAUCAUGUGCUGUGAUCGAUUUGACACAGAUGAAAUUGUUAUCAGCAAAGAUCAGGAAAUAACCACGAUUAACAUUGUCGACAAACCAAACGAAGAAGAAUCUACGCAAGAAGACGAACUACCACCACCUAUCCCGGAAAAGGAACACAAGCUACCGCGAGUGGUGUUUGUCCAUCCGAAAGCUGAAGUACAAGACCAACCGGCAGAGAUGAUUACCGUCGAUAAAUUGUUCUCUGGAGAUCAGGUUAAUAAGGCGAUUUUACGACAGCUCGGACAACUUGUGCCAGACGACGAACCGUGUCCUCUGUGUCUGCAAGAUCUUUCCUGGAUGUUCCAUCAACCUAACAGAUCUAGAUGGAAUGCGCAAAGACCGCAUUAAAGGUAGGAGGUAACGAGUUCCUUUAAAUUUAAUCGCUGUGGAAUGUGAAAUGUCUCCCCAGUCAGUGCCGUAUGUAUACUUUUUGUUCUAUGCUUAAACUUAUGCCCUAUAUUAAUCUGUUAUUUUAAUUACCUGACGCGUUUGCGGUGUGCAACGAGAUUAGAGAAAUAUAUAUUUUUCAGCAUAGGCCU